AUGAUGUCUCGAUUUAAAUCUUAUAUCAAUCCAACAUGUUUCAAUACGAAUCAAAAUGAACACAAUACAUCAAAUGUUUCAACAACAUUACCCCCAUUACGACAUAUAACACAAAUUACAAUUGGAGCUAAUGAAGAUAAUGAUAAACCACCUAUACCGCCAACACGUCAUCCAAUGGUUAAUCGUUUAACAUCAAGUAUAGAUGAAUCUCUUGUUAAUUUAACAUUACUUUCACAAGAUGCUGAAAUUGAACGAGAAAGAACUUUAUUUGAACUUCAACAAAUAUUUAUUCAAUUUCGUACAUAUGUUGAAAAAUAUUAUCAUCAAUAUGAAUAUGAAAUAAAAACAUCAUAUGCUAAUUAUGAUCAACAUUUAUAUGAACUUAAAUUAAGAUUAAAACAAGUACGACAACAACUUAUACAAAGUUUUAAUUCAUUUCCCAAUAAUGAUAAUGAUAAUGAUGAUUAUUCAUUUGAUAUUAAUAAAUAUCGUUAUUUAGAAAUGCUUACAACAAAAACACUUAAUCAAACAAUGGAUGAACAAAAAUUAUUACCAAAAUAUCGAAUAAAACUAAAUAAUCUUGAUCGUUUAGAUGAAAUUUUUUCUAUUCAAUGUGAACAAAACUCAGCGAAAAUAAUGUCUCAAAUAGAUCAUCAUGAUUUAUCCAGAGAAGCUACACCAACACAAAGAAAAACAUCAACAUCAACAAAUAUAACAGAUGAAUAUGAUAAUGUUCCAAAAGAAUAUUAUGGUCAUUAUCGUGUAUCCUAUCAAGAUACAUUAAGAAGUCCAGUAAAAAAUCUUCAAAAAUGGAGUUAUCCACUUCAUGCCGGUAAUUAUUUUAUUCCACUUCUUACACCAUAUCGUCAAAGUUCUCUUGUAUUAUAUUGUCUUAAUCGUGAAUCAUUUAUUUGUUAUAAUUCUCAAUCAUUAUUAUCAUUACCAACAAUAAUUAAAUGGCGUGGUACACGUCCAUCAGCUGUUUAUUGGUUUGAUGAAAUGAAUAUGUUAUUUAUUGCUUGUUGUACACAUAUAUAUGGUUGUUAUUUAGAUGAAGAUAUUCAAGAAAAUCAACGAAUACAUAUUCGCAUACCGAUUGAACAAACAUCAACAUGGUCCGAUACACAAGGCCAAUUAUGCUGGCCGAAAUUUUUAACAUGUGGUAGUGCAGUUAAUCAUUUACUUUAUGCAUAUUGGACAGAAAUGUUAAAUAAAGAUGCACCACCAUCAACAUCAUUUAUUUAUUAUCAAAUUGAAGGCAAUGAUCAUUUAAUAAAAUCUCGUUUUUUACUUGAAGGUCGUUUACGUGCACUUCAUUCAACAUUAUCAACACGUCGUCUUGGACUAUUAAUUGAACAGUUACCAAAUCAAUGUACUUAUUUGGAAAUUCGCACAUUAGAAGAAUUUUCUCUAUUAUCUAGAUUUGAAUUACGUACAACAUUUGAAAAAUUUCGUUAUGGUUGUUGUUUAACAAAUAUAUCUAAUUCAAAUUCAUAUAUAUUAUGUGAUCAUAAAAAAAACCAAUUAUGGUAUAUUAAUGGAGAUACAGGAGAUAUUAAAGUUAAAUGUAUAAAUGAAUCGGUUUAUAGUAUUAUCAGUUUAUUAGAUGGUACAUUAACUAUUUUAUUAGGUUCACCAAUGAGAUUUGAUUUUACUUAUGAUCCGAAUGAUAGUGGAUUUAUUGUAAAAGAUCUUUUUCAUGAAGAAGAUUCGUUUGAAGUGUAA